UUGAAGAAUGUCUGGAAGUUUCUACUUUGUGAUAGUUGGUCAUCAUGACAAUCCCAUAUUUGAAAUGGAGUUUCUGCCACCUGGAAAAGUAGAGUCCAAGGAUGACCAUCGCCAUCUCAACCAGUUUAUUGCCCAUGCUGCUCUUGACUUAGUAGAUGAGAACAUGUGGCUUUCUAACAACAUGUAUCUGAAGACUGUGGACAAGUUUAAUGAAUGGUUUGUUUCUGCUUUUGUCACAGCUGGACAUAUGAGAUUUAUAAUGCUUCAUGAUGUAAGGCAAGAAGAUGGAAUUAAGAACUUCUUUAAUGACGUAUAUGACUUAUAUAUAAAGUUUGCAAUGAAUCCAUUUUAUGAACUCAAUUCUCCUAUUCGAUCUAGUGCCUUUGAAAGAAAAGUACAGUUCCUUGGGAAGAAACACCUUUUAAGCUGAAUAAAUACAUUUGAGUGAGUGCUUUUCCAUACUUUCCUGAUUAUCUGAACAGUAGUUCUUCUGGUUAGUUCUUGGCAUGUUUGAUUUUCAUCUGAAGACUGACAGAUUGGAUGCUGAAGAAGCUUUUUUUUUUU